GAGUCAACUAAUCCAGCUCAUGUGAAACGUUUCACACGAUCUGAAAUGGCACGUAUCCUAGCUGAACGUAAUCAUUAUAAAGAACGUUUACUUGAAUUACAAGAUGCUGUACGUUUUACUGAAACAUUACGUGUUAGUCAAAAAGAACAUGGUGAAUUGUUGGCGGCAAAAACAACGUCAACAACUACACCAUUGCAUAAAUUCGAUAUUAUCAAUAGUCCAGUUAGUGGUCCAUUACAAAGUUUACAAAAAUUGUAA